AUGGAAAGUUGGAAAGAUUCCGGAGCGAGUGUAGUCACCUGGCCACCCAGUACUGCCUUUGGAAUAUUGUCAGUACUGGCUAGAUGCAACCUCUGGAUUCGAGUAGUAGGUAGUUGUAAAGACAACAUGAGACCCCGUUUUGUCCGUCGUAAAAUGCAUGUUUGGUUGUGGCUUGUAUCAGCCAUACUGAACUUAGUGGCUACAACCAGCUUUCAAGGCCAUCAUCAGUUGCAUCGGAUAGUCUCUUGGGGGACAACUCAUCACGUGGGACCUCAGAUUUUGGCAGCAACAUCAAGUCCAUCAGAAACAAGAGAUGUCAAUGUCAAAACAAAAACAACAGCAAAAAAGGGUGUUAAGAAAGAAGUUUCAUCGUCAUCAUCCACUAGCAGAAUCAAAGGUGUGACAAAGAAGAAUGGAAAAGUAAAGGCGACACUGUCAAAGACGAAGAAACCCAAAAAGGCCAGCAGCAAGUCUGGAGAGAGCAAAGAAACAACGUCUAAGAAGAGGAAAAAGAAGAAGAAGGCUGAAGUGAUGCACUGGAGUGUGGAUUCUGAUGUAGCUACUCUGCACCUGGAUGAACCAAGAAAUGUCCACUUUGUAGUCCAUGGCAAUCCACUACCUCUACGACGCCACAGAACCGCACGAGGUUUCAUGUACAACCCUUCUGCCAAAUCUCAGGAAUCCUUUCGUAAUGUGACCUUGCAUAUUCUCAAUACAACAAUGGAUGUGCCAACUGCCAACCCAACCACUCCACUGUUUCCCGCGGAAACCCCCGUGAUCAUGUCCAUUCUGUUUCGAAUGAAACGACCCAAGAGCCACUUUCAACACACUUUCGAAGUGAUGGACUGA